CGGCGGCGAGGAUGAGCGCGGUGAACAUCACCAACGUGGCGGUGCUGGACAACCCCACCGCCUUCCUCAACCCCUUCCAGUUCGAGAUCUCCUACGAGUGCCUCGUCGCCCUCGACGACGAUCUGGAAUGGAAACUCACAUAUGUUGGAUCAGCUGAAGAUGAAACCUAUGAUCAGCAACUUGAGAGUGUGUUUGUUGGACCUGUCAAUGUUGGGACAUACCGUUUUGUGCUUCAGGCUGACCCACCGGACCCUUCAAAGAUCCGUGAAGAAGACAUCAUUGGUGUCACUGUGCUGCUAUUAACAUGCUCUUACGUGGGGCAGGAGUUCAUGAGAGUCGGUUACUAUGUGAACAACGACUACGAUGAUGAGCAGCUGAGAGAAGAACCUCCAGCAAAGCUGUUGCUUGAUAGGGUGCAGAGGAACAUUCUGGCCGACAAGCCCCGUGUCACCAAGUUCCCUAUCAACUUCCAUCCUGAACCUGGCACAAACACGGAGCAGCCGCAGCAGGAAGAAGCGCAGCAACCGGCUUCUCCAGAACCGCAGGCGGCUCCGCUAGAACCACUGACGGCCCCGCUAGAAACCCACCUGGGUGAUGAAGUUAAGCAGAGUGCCGACGUAUGAUCAGAGCUCAGAUGCCGGCGAUUUGUAUGCCUAAGGGUGUCUUGUAAUGUUAUGAAUUUACUGUGGUGGGCAGCGCAAUUGGUUCCUUGUCUGUAGACGAUUCGCAAUCUGUUCUGUCAGAAUUGUUUGGUGUUAGUUAUUUUUGUACCCCAGCCUGUUGUGUUGCAAAUAGUGGAUGACUUUUUAGAAUAGAGUUAUUAUUCAUUAUGAACCA